AGUCGUCCUGCCGGAGAGAGCAGCGGCGGCGGCGUUCGCGUAGCAUGCGGGUGACGUCAGUGGUGCGUGGCGUCAGCGGGAGCGAGCGAGCGCUAGUGGCGGGGAGGACCAGCGAGCGAGAGUGUCUAUGUGUAUGUGUGUGUGCGUGUGUGUGUGUGAGUGAGGGAGACUAGUGCGUGGCGCUUCCCUGGGAUCCCAGCAGCAGCAGUAGCCUCGCCAUAUUGAUCCCGCAGGGGUGGACCGCGCGCCUCCCUCCGGCGGGAAUGACCUUCCAAGAUGAGCGAUGAGGAGAGAGACAUCGACAUCGAGAGUGAUGAUGACGAGUCGCUUGGAGGUGGUGCACGGGGUGAAUUUCAGUUUGCAUCUCAGGCAGAAAAACGAGCACACCAUAAUGCCCUGGAGAGGAAACGUCGGGACCAUAUUAAAGACUCUUUCUGUUCUCUGAGGGACUCUGUUCCCUCCCUGCAGGGAGAAAAGAAUUUGCAGGCAAGUCGUGCACAAAUUUUGAAGAAAGCGGCCGACUACAUAGAAUUCAUGAGACGGAAGAACUCUGCCCACCAACAAGACAUCGAUGAUCUAAAGAAGCAGAACAAUCUACUGGAAAACCAAAUUCGAUCCCUGGAGAAGACAAAAUACACUGGCAACUUUGCAGCCAUGACGAGCAAUAAUGCGCUGCUCAACAGCAAGGCCGGUUCUCUCAUGGAAUUUGAUGGUUCAGGCUCAGAUACCUCUGACUCGGAAACGUCAAACAGUGUGCGUCGCAAGAAGCUAAAAACUUAGCCUACAUUUUUUGUGUGUUGCCAAGAAGAAAUACUUACUGUUUACAGUGCCCAUUGAUGAUAAGCAAUACUUCAUUACAGUUUUUUCUUUAUACCUCAAUUACAAAUCAGCAGAUUUUCUGUGUGGGCACAAAACUUUGAGUAGGCCUUUCUGUUUGCAGGUGGGGCAGUGUAUGUCUCAAAUAGUUGUACAAAUUAACUAAGGCCAUAGUGACAAGAUAUUCUGUCUGUCUUUUGUUCCCUUCUCCCCCUCCCUCCUGCAAAAUACUGGCACACACUAAUAUCAUGCUCAUGUAAUGACCACUCGGACUUUAACUGGUUAAAUCUGAAAUUUUUAGGAACCUUGAUCCCAGGUUUUGUUUAAUUUGACUGAAGUUUAUUAUUACUGUGGUAAUGAAAGACAACUAUGCAUUGUAAAAUUAUUAUUAGCCAGUGACUGCCAGCACUAAAGCCAACAUAGUGAGUUGUGUUAGAGAGCUCAUGAGCCUUGUUCAUGUUAGGACAACUCGCUCAAUAAUUGUUUCUGAGCAACCCAUUUGGAAAUUGAUUUUUAAGCCAAAAAUUAAGGUUAUUUAUUUUUAACAUAUAUUGUCUAAAUAAUAAUUUUGUUGAAUGAAAAACCAGGUAAUGCAUUUCUACCAACUGAGCUUGGUAUGUCCCACUGUUUAAUUAAUGACGGAAUUUAUAAUUCAUAUUAUAAGCAUACAAUGAAGUUGUCUUGAUUCUGAGGCACAUGUUGUACACACGACAGCUGCUUGUUGCUCGGCAUGUCAUAUAAAUAAAUUAUUUAUAUUGUUUUUAUAAUACAAUAAUACUCUGAAGAGGAUAGGUGCCGUCAGUAUUGCCACGAUAGUGUGUAACCUCGUCUAGUGGAAGUUGACCCCAACCAUCCCACCUUGAGGUUAUUGCAGUUGUUUAACAAUUUUGCAUCACUAUUUGGUGAACUUCAUCCUCCUUAGUGUGGCGGACUGCAGAAAAUUGCUAGUGAUGACUUUUAGUCAUACAGAGUAAGUAUACAUAGCUUUCUAAAAAAAAGAGUGAAUGAUGUCUAGAACAUUAUUUGAAGAUUGUUUUACCAAUCCAUGAAUUUCUUAAUCAAAUGCAGACCUCUUGUAUUUUAACACCUAAGUUAAAUUGCUGAAUAAUCUCAUGGUGAGUAGCAGUUGUUUAGGUAGAGAAGGUUGGUACUGGGUUAAGGAACAAAAGAAUGUAGAUGUAUUCAUGUAAAAGUUUUUUGUUAAUUUCUUGAUUACACACAUUUCCAAACAGAAGAUUUAUAUAUUUAUGUACAGUAUUAAAGCUCGAAAAAAUAAGAUAUUGAUGUUCUG